GGAGACACGCUCGUCCGGUCCCCGGGGGCCGGCGAGGCCGCCCACCGCGCGGCGCCGCCCCGACGUCCCGGGAAGUGGACCCGCGGUUCUCCGGGCCCCCAGUCAAGCCGCGCGCCCAACCCCUGAGGCCCCAAACCCGCGGAGAGCGCGUGGGGUGGCCGCUACGGGGUCCCUACCCGCCCGGGCUCCCUGAGAGGUCCACACAGCCCGAGCCCGGCCGCCUUCCCGGAACCGCCCACGGCGCGGGGAAGGCGGGGCCGCGGACACCCGGCGGCGCGCCCAGCGCCCCGCUAUCUGCAAUAAUUGCAGCCUCCGCCGCCGCCGCCUGGGGGUAUGCGCCACCCGGAAACCGGCUCCGCCGGGCUCCACCGCAGGUGUUUGAGCCCCUUUUCGCGUCCAUGGGGCUGAGCCGGCUGCCUGAGCCGGAGAGCGUUAGAUCCUGUUCUUCUUCCCUCUAUCAUAUUCUUAAUUAUAAAUCAUGGAGAAUCAAGAUAAAACAAUUAAGCAUGAAGAUUCAGAACCUUCCACAGAGGUGAAUCACACAGCUUCCAGGUGUCAAGAAAAACAGGAGGAAACAGUUAUGAACCCCAGAGGUAUAGAUGGAAGUGAACCAACAGAAGGAAGUAACCUACUGAAUAGCAAUGAAAAAAUGCAAGAAACACCAGCUGAACCAAAUCAUUUGCAAAGACUAAGACAAACAUUUGCUUGCCCUCCACGUGGUUUACUGGAUAGAGUAAUAACAAAUGUCACCGUGGUGGUUCUUCUGUGGGCUGUAGUUUGGUCAAUUACCGGCCCUGAAUGUCUUCCUGGAGGAAACCUGUUUGGAAUUAUAAUCCUAUUCUAUUGUGCCAUCAUUGGAGGUAAACUUUUGGGGCUCAUUAAGUUACCUACAUUACCUCCACUGCCUCCCCUUCUGGGCAUGCUGCUUGCUGGGUUUCUCAUCAGAAAUAUCCCCGUCAUCAGUGAUAACGUACAGAUCAAGCACAAGUGGUCUUCUGCUUUGAGAAGCAUAGCCCUGGCUGUCAUAUUGGUUCGCGCUGGCCUUGGGCUUGAUUCAAAUGCCCUGAAGAAGUUGAAGGGUGUUUGUGUAAGAUUAUCCUUGGGUCCUUGUCUUGUGGAGGCGUGUACAUCUGCUCUUCUUGCCCACUUCCUCAUGGGUUUACCAUGGCAAUGGGGAUUUAUGCUGGGUUUUGUUUUAGGUGCUGUGUCUCCAGCUGUCGUGGUGCCUUCAAUGCUCCUUUUGCAGGAAGGAGGCUAUGGUGUUGAAAAAGGCGUCCCGACCUUACUCAUGGCUGCUGGCAGCUUCGAUGAUAUUCUGGCCAUCACUGGCUUCAACACCUGCCUGGGCAUGGCCUUUGCCACAGGCUCCACAGUUUUUAAUGUCCUCAAAGGAGUUUUGGAGGUGGUAAUUGGUAUGGCAACUGGAUUGCUUCUUGGAUUUUUUAUUCAGUAUUUUCCAAGCAGUGACCAGGACAAGCUCUUGUGGAAGAGAGCAUUCCUGGUCUUGGGGCUGUCUGUGCUGGCUGUGUUCAGCAGCAUGUAUUUUGGUUUCCCUGGGUCAGGAGGACUGUGCACGCUGGUCCUGGCUUUCCUUGCAGGCAAGGGAUGGGCCAGCGCAAAGGCAGAUGUUGAAAAGGUUAUAGCAGUUGCCUGGUUCAUCUUUCAGCCCCUUCUCUUUGGACUGAUUGGAGCAGAGGUAUCCAUUACAGCUCUCAGACCAGAAACUGUAGGCCUUUGUGUUGCCACCCUGGGCACUGCAGUAGUGAUACGAAUUUUGGCUACAUAUCUGAUGGUGUGUUUUGCUGGUUUUAACUUUAAGGAAAAGAUAUUUAUUUCUUUUGCAUGGCUUCCAAAGGCCACAGUCCAGGCUGCAAUAGGAUCUGUGGCUUUGGACACAGCAAGAUCACAUGGAGAGAAACAGUUAGAAGGAUAUGGAAUGGAUGUGUUGACAGUGGCAUUUUUGGCCAUCCUCAUCACAGCCCCAAUUGGAAGUCUACUUAUUGGUUUGCUAGGCCCCAGACUUCUCCAGAAAGCUGAACAUCAAAAUAAAGAUGAAGAAGAUCAAGGAGAGACUUCUAUACAGGUUUAGAGGUGAAAAGAGAGAAUGCUGAAUAUAGUCAUCAGAAAGCUGCUCUCGGAGGCUACUUCUAUCGACUAGCAGAGGCUACUUUUAUCCAUAUGGAUAUUGACAUAUGUAAUGUUCCAGCUUAAAAUGUACUAGAACCAAGUGUGGCUAUUUCUUUAAACAGCAUUUUUAGCCAUUACCCUUUCCAUAUGGGGGGGAUGGGGAUAAUGUUCUACAUCUCCAACCUGAUCUCUACCUUCUUUUUUUUUUUCACACACUUAUGCAUCAUUCUAUCUUAAUUUUUAUAGGGACAUAUACACUUGAGUGUACUACCACAAUUUAAUUUCAGUGUCCUGUUCUGCUAGCCAACAGCUUGCUCUGACUUACUAUUACCAUCACAGUUUCACGAUUCAUGGUCACCUAGCCUCUCAUGCCUUGAAUUGUUUUGGGCUCCUCUUUUCUUUUUUUAAAAUACCAUAAUACAAUCCCUCAUCAAUUUCUAUCAAUCUCUACACCAGCCUCAUGAAUAUCCUAUUAAUCAGGAUAAGGUAAGCUGCUAUAAUGAAGAAACGAAAAAUGAAAUACUUAAAUAGAGAAAUGUAUUUCCCUAUUAUGAAACCAGCUGACAGGUUUACUGUGCUCAUGCGGUCUACUCAGAGACCCAUGUCCUUCUGUCUUGAGGCUCUGCCAUGCCCUAGCUUAGGACAAAGGUGAAAGAUGUCUGUCCCCUUUCUAAUCCUCGGGAAGAAGGAAAAAAGAAAGUCCAAGGCAAGCAAUUUAUUUUUAAGGCAGUGAUGUGGGGUUGGACACAUCUCUCCUCUUACAUAAUGUUAGUGAAUACCACCCCCGCCCCGCUGCGAGGAGGCUGAGAAAGUGUCUCUCACUAAGCAUUCACAUUCCUGGGAGAUGGAAAGAUCAGAUUGGAGAGCCAGAAGUACCACUGUGUUGGGUGUUGCCAUCACCUAAUAGCACAUUCUUGCAGGUUAACAAGGACUAUCUUAAAGUUAGUAACUUUAACCAAAAGAGUGACUUCUGUGGCAGGAAUUUCAGGGAUUGCAACAUGCUGGUAGAGAAGAUAAGAAGAAAGGCUUAUCUGCAAAAGUCACAUUUUAUCCCACUUAAUCAACAGAACGUCUCUGCUUUUGCGUGUCACCCAUUAAGUUUCUACUCUAGGUCAACUCCUGCCUAGUUGUUAGAAUAAUCAUGUUUAAAUAAACAUGUCAUUAGACUACCUAAGGGUCUGAUUUAAUAGCAGACAAACGUGAACAAACUGUAAAAAGGGAUAUAAGUGCUCUGACAGAAGUGCGAAUAGGGUACAUACACCAUUUUGUUGUAAGACUAACAUCUCAUAUUGAAAUAAUCUUAUCAUUAGACUACUGUUCCAGCCCCUUCCACCAUGACAUUCACCUCUGUUCAAAACUAGCUUAAUUUUUAUUAAGCUAACAUACUACGAAGCCAUAGAAUCUUCAUUUUUAUGUCAGCCUGACUCUGGUUACUUUCUGGGACUGUAUUCCCUUAGUGUUUAUAUUCUCAGUUUGGACUGGAUUAAUGUAUACCAAAGUUCAGAUGGAUGAACUUCCUUGGCCAGGUGCACCUUAGUGGUAGCGCCAUAAACUUAAUGCUCACCUGGUCCUCUACUUUCACAAGCUCUGAAACUAGAUUCAUCCAACAAAUACUUACUGAAAGCCUUUGGUGACCCAGGCACAUCAUGAAGACUAAUAUUGUUUCCAUCUUUAAGGAUCUGACAGUCUGAUAGAGGAGAGCAACCAUUAAACAAGAGAUCGCAAAACAGUAUGAUACGUGCCAUGAUGCUGGAAGUAGAGGGGCGCCAGGGAGCUCAUAGCAGGAGCACCUUAUCAAUCCAGGGGGAGGUGCAGUUUAGACACAGCCUCCAGAGAAAGUAGGACUAGGGUUAGGACAUGGGGGAUGAUUAGGACUUAGCAAAAGGCAUGUGAGGCCCAAGGGUGCUGCAGUUAGUGCUGGUUCCCAUGUUCACCAGUAGCUCUUCUCCAUGUACCAGGCUUUGAAUACUUUUUAACUAAUACAAAAUACAGUUAGUAUAAGUAAAUGAGAAUGUUGUUAUAAAUAUUCAAGGCCCCAAAGAAGAAUUAGAAAUGGAAAUUUACAGAAUGUAGAAAUAGUUGAAGAGCACAGUAAGCCACUGCCGUAGCCUAUGCCAUUUUCAGAGCAUGCAGCUACUUCCUACCUCUACUCUACACCCAAAUCUCUAUGGCUCUCUGUCCAGUGUUGGUCUCUGCGGGGCUCACCAUGAAGUCUCAAGGUUGUCACCAUAUUGGAAGGCACAGCUCUUGACUUGGCUGGUGAACUCAGAGUUAAUUUGAUACAGAGUGUUGACUCAAGCCAACCAAACUUACUGCACCCACCCAACCACAGAUAGAAACCAUUACUCUAACCUCUGGGUGCCUGAAAGAACGGUGUAUGUACCCUAUACAUACUUCUGUCAUAGUACUUAUAGUCUUUUUUUUUUUUUUUUUUUUUUGCUGUACGCGGGCCUCUCACUGUUGUGGCCUCUCCCGUUGCGGAGCACAGGCUCCGGACGCGCAGGCUCAGCGGCCAUGGCUCACGGGCCCAGCCGCUCCACUGUCUGUGGGACCUUCCCAGACCGGGGCACGAACCCGUAUCCCCUGCCUCGGCAGGCGAACUCUCAACCACUGCGCCACCAGGGAAGCCCACUUAUAGUCUUUUUUUCAGUUUGUUUAUAUGUUUGUCUCCUAUUAAAUUAACCCCUGAGGGGUGGGAACCUUAUCCUGGUCAUCUUUGAAUCCUGAGCAGUUUGCACAGGGCAUGGAGCACAGUGGGCAUUUAGUAAAUUUUUAUUAACUGAGUCACUGAGAAGAUUCUCUUCCAGUAUCAGAAAACUACCUGCCACAUAACAGUUUAGAUGUUAGUCUGCUUAGUCUAUCUUAGUCGGCUUGGGCUACUACAACAAAAUACCAUAGACUGCGUGGCUUAAACAACAGAUAUUUAUUUUCUCCCAGUUCUGGAGGCUGGAAGUCAAAUGUGAAAGUUGCCAGCAUGAUCAGGAUCUAAUGAGGGCUCUCUUUGUAGCAGCUAAUAACCUCCUUCUCGCUGGGUCCUCACAUGAUGGGGUGAAAAGAGGAUGGAAGAGAUUGUGCAAGCUCUCUGGUGUCUCUUCUUAUAAAGUCACUAAUCCCACCAUGAGGGCUCUACCCUCAUGAUCUUAUCCAAUCUAAUUAACUCUCAAAGUCCCCAUCCCCAAAUGCCAUCACAUUGGGGGGUUAUGGCUUCAACUUAUGAAUCUGGCGGGGGGACACAAUUCAGUGCACAGCAAGGGUGUCAUACUUCCAAGCAAAGUGCUAAACAAACACUAUAAAUUCAUGUUCUUCAAGACGCCUAUUUUUCCUAGGGUUGGUGCCAUCAAUCUCCCCUUUGAGAAGUGUUUGUUUAUUGUCUGUUUGUUUGUCUUUAGGCAGACUGAUUAGGCUUCAGCUUUUCAAGUUAUUUUCACAGUCCAGUGUUUUUCCUUCUGGUAUUAAUUCCAUAACAUUGAUUGGACUUUAAUGUUCUCAAAAUGUCCUCAGUCUUAUGUUUGCAAGUGAUGUCAUCCAUUACAUUCUUUAAAAAUGGUACUGAUUAUUUUUGUCUGAUUACAAAAUAAUACAUUUUCAUUGCAGAAAAUUUAGAACACAGAAAAGCACAAUAAAGAAAACUGAAACUAAUGUAAACACAUUUUAUUUUGAUUCUUUUAAUUUUUACUCUUAAUGUAAACACCCAUUUUAUUUUGAUUCUUUUAAAUUUUACUCUUGCAGUUCUGGGGGAUGUCUUAUUUUCAGAACGAUAUAUCAUCCACCAAAUUAGUUGGGUGAAAGGCAACAUAAAUACAUUUGACCUCUGUGAAGGCAUAUAGAUUGAAGAAUUUUUGUUGUAUAUAAUGAAUCCUAAGCCUUCCAAAAAAUAAUUUAUUCACCUGGUAAUAUUCAAAUAUUCACUUUGCAAUGAAUAAAACAGAUA